ACAUCUGUGCAAUGGAAGGGACUGUGGUGGUGCUCAUAGUGUUGGCUGCCGGGAUUCCUGUCCUACAUGCAGCAGAUCAUGCUUUGGACGCUGCAUGGGAGGACUGGAAGAGUCUGCAUGGGAAAACCUACACUGAGGACUCAGAGGGCCACAGGAGAAUGAUCUGGGAGGAAAACCAUCGCUUCAUCCAGCAGCACAACUUGGAGGAGGCACAGGGGAAACACAGCUACAAGCUGGGGAUGAACCAUUUUGGUGAUCUGACUCAGAAGGAGUUCCAAAAGAUGAUGCUGGAUUUUAACUUGGCCUCUAUGGCAGACACUUCACUCCCUGUGUGGAACGGCAGUGUGCUGCAAGCCCCAACUGAGGUGGACUGGAGUAAAAAAGGGUAUGUGACUCCUGUGAAGAACCAGGGCCGGUGCGGCUCGUGCUGGGCCUUCUCUAGUACUGGAGCCCUUGAGGGUCAGGUGUUCAAGAAGACAGGCAAGCUCAUAUCCCUGAGUGAGCAGCAUCUGGUGGACUGCAGCAGAAAAUAUGGAAACCACGGCUGCAACGGAGGUCUGAUGGAUCGGGCUUAUAAAUACAUCAAGGACAAUGGCGGGAUUGCCUCUGAGGAAGGCUACCCUUACAAGGCUAAGGAUGAAUCUUGCAAAGCACAAAAUGCUGAAAAAGUAGCCACUUGCACGGGGUACACCAAGCUGCGCAGAGGGGAUGAGGGAUCACUCAGAGAUGCUGUGGCUUCCAUCGGUCCAGUCGCUGUUGCUCUAAAUGCUGGUCUUAGAUCCUUCCAAUUCUACAAAUCCGGAAUUUAUUAUGAUCGAAGAUGCUCUAGAAGAAUUAACCAUGCUGUGUUAGCAGUGGGAUAUGGUGAAUCCCUCUAUGAAACCAACAAGAAUGACCUAACACGUCGUGCCACUAAAUUCUGGCUUCUGAAGAACAGCUGGGGAACUGGUUGGGGAAACCAGGGCUACAUGCGAUUGGCUAGAGACAAAAGAAACCUUUGUGGAAUCGCUAAUUAUUCAGUUUAUCCAAAGGUAUGAGAGGCCUGUGGACCAAUGAAAAGUAAAUGAAUCCACAGACAAAGCAAGGUGACAGUGAGAUCAGGGAUGUUGAAAUUGAUUUAACAAUCAGCAUUUGCAGAG